AUGAUUAUUGUCUCUUACAAUAUUAAAGGUGGUGGCAGUAGGUUAAAGAGAAAGAGUAUCGGUCAUUUGAUUCAGCAAGAAGAUGUUGAUGUGUGUUUUAUUCAGGAAUCUAAGUUGAGGGAAUUGGAGAUAGGAGUGGUGAAGGAGUUGCGGGGUAGUGACCUUGUUGAAUGGUCGUCGUCAGACGCGGUGGGAGCUUCGGGAGGGAUCUUGAUUCUUUGGAAAAAGGAUCUUUUCAUUCCUUUGUUCAGCUUCAGGGGUCUCGGGUUCUUAGGUUUGUGUGUUUCCUUGAAAGGCAAAAGGACUUUCUUUAUUAAUGGCUACGCCCCGUGCGAGUUAUCUGCUAGGAGAAGGUCUUGGAGUCAUUUGUUAGACAUUAAGAAGAAUUGCCCUGAGAGCAAUUGGUGUGUGGGAGGAGACUUCAACUCAAUUUCUCAUGUUGAAGAAAGGAGAGGAUUAUCCAAUAGAAAUAGCAUCGAUAUCAAUAGCUUUAAGAGUUUUCUGGAGGACUUGGACUUGGUGGAUCCGCCGGUAGUGGGGGGUAAGUUUUCUUGGCAGAAUAGUAAUGGUAAAGCUAUGAGUAGAAUAGAUAGAUUCUUGCUAUCCGAAAGUCUCAUGGAGGAUUGGAAGGUGGGUGCUCAGGAGUGGUCUUUGAUCAAAGUGAAAGGUAGAGGAGAUUUUUGUUUGGCGGAGAAGUUGAAAGCGCUUAAAGUUAGGCUUUCUUGGUGGAACAAAACGGUGUACGGGUGGCUAGAUUUAAAAAUCAAUGAGGCGUGUAAGGAGAUUCAUUUUUUAGAUAACGAGUUUGUUGUUUGUGCAGGUAAUGUUACGGAGGAGAUUGUUAAAAAAAGAGCUAAAGAGGUGGAAAUAUUUUGGGAUAGUCUUUCAAAAAAAGAAGGACUUCUUCGGUUAAAGUCUAGACAAACUUGGCUUAAGGAGGGAGAUUGCAAUUCUCGAUUUUUCCAUAAUUCUUUACGGAGUAGGAAAGGUCGGAGUGCUUUGUGUUCUCUCAAUUCGAGGAGUGGAAUAGUAGAAGAGGUGGAAGAGGUUAAAGAUUUUGUCUUUAACCACUUCAAGGGGUUCUUUGAGGAGGAGGAGGGUAGUAGGCCGGUUCCGUUGGACCUUGGCUUCGUAAAGUUGUCGAGAGAGGAUAGGGAGUUGUUGGAAGGUCCUUUUGAGGAAGAAGAAGUGAUAGGUAAGCUAGUGUCCUCUAAUCAAUCCGCCUUUGUUCCGGGAAGGAAUAUGAUGGAUGGAGUGGUGUUGGUGAAUGAAAUUCUAGAGUGGUCUAAGAGAUUCAAGAAAAGUUGUUUCCUUCUUAAGGUUGAUUUCGAAAAGGCGUACGAUUCCGUUUCUUGGGAUUAUGUUAGAUUCGUGUUAAAGGAAAUGGGCUUUGGGGACAAAUGGCUUAGGUGGAUGGAUGAAAGUGUGUUCAAGAGCUUUAUGUCGAUCCUUGUGAAUGGGAGCCCCACGAAAGAUUUUGAGGUUCAUAAGGGUCUAAGGCAAGGGGACCCUUUAUCUCCGUUUCUUUUUGUGCUUGUUAUGGAAGGCCUUACCGCUCUAGUAAGGAAAUCGGUGGAGUUAGGGGAUUUUAAACCUAUCAAGUAUGGAGAAGGAGGGGUGGUGGACAUAUUAUAA